AUGUCUUCUCAAACGUUAUCGAUGAUGAUGGCGAACGUGAGAAUUUCGUCGGCGACGGGAACCUCAAAAUCGACGACGACGACGACGACGCCGCGCGCUGCGAGCUUAUCCGCGAAGCAUGCAAACGGAAACUCGAAGGUUUUUUACGCGAACAGUUUGUCAUUGAACAAAUCUAGAGACUCAGUCGCGACGUUUAGCAUUUCCGCCAGCGGGAGCGGGACGAAGAAAGGUUUAUAUCAAUUCGUCGAGCGGGUGAACUCGCCGCAGAUGAAGGAUGAUUUGAUUCCUUUUCGAGUAGGAAUGACGGUGAAGGUUGGCGUGACGGUCACGGAAGGGAACAAGAGCAGAGUGCAGCCGUACGAAGGUUUGAUUAUUGGCAUUCACAGAGCGGGCGUUGCGAGUACGAUUACGGUCCGAAAAUCCUUGCAAGGGUUCGGGGUUGAGAGAAUUUUCCCGAUUCACUCGCCGUUGUGCUCGUUCCAAGAGGUCAGAGGCGCGGGUAAGCCAAUCGCAAGACGCUCCAAGUUGUACUACUUGAGAGAACGCGUUGGUAAGAACGCGAAAUUAAAGAGUAGAUUUGUUGCGAAAAAAGAAGGAUUGAGCCGAUGGCAAGUGAAGCAAAACGCGUUGAUUGCCGAGAAGGAAGCCGCGGCGGCGGAGGCGGCGAGAGUCCAAGCGGAAAUCGAGGCAAAGGCGAAGGCCGAGGAGGAGAGACUCCAAGCGGAAGCCGAGGCGAAGGCGGCCGCGGAAGCCAAAGCUAAGGAGGAGGAAGCCGCUGCCGCUGCUGCUGAAGCCGCUGCUGCUGAAGCCGCUGCUCCCGCGGAAGAGGCGGCUCCGGAAGCCGAAGCUGCUCCUGCGGAAGAGGCGGCUCCGGAAACCGAAGAAGGUUCGGCGUAA